GCCCACGAGAGAAAGACAGUAUGGUAUCCGCUACCUGAAGUUCGAGGCAAUUCUUGUAGCUCGCAAAUUUGGGAGAAAAAUCCGGCGGAGAUUCAUCCGCUAGUCGCCAAGUUUCCGGGGGAGUGGAAAACGGGAGUUGGGACAUGGACAGCCGCUUGCAGGAGAUUCGGGAGCGGCAGAAGCUACGGCGACAGCUCCUCGCGCAGCAGCUGGGGGCCGAAAGUGCGGACCGCAUCGGCGCAGUGUUAAACAGCAAGGACGAGCAGAGAGAGAUCGCGGAGACUCGGGAGACGUGCAGGGCUUCCUACGACACGCCUGUUGCGAGUGCAAAGCGCAAGUGUCCGGACGAAGGGGAGGCGGAUGAAGACAAAACAGAAGAGUAUAAGGACGAGCUGGAAACGCAGCAGGAAGAAGAGAACCUGCCCUAUGAGGAGGAAAUCUACAAAGACUCCAGCACCUUCCUUAAGGGAACACAGAGUCUGAACCCCCACAAUGACUACUGCCAGCACUUCGUGGACACGGGACACAGGCCCCAGAACUUCAUCAGGGACGUAGGUCUGGCCGAUAGGUUCGAAGAGUACCCGAAGCUGAGGGAGCUCAUCAGACUGAAGGACGAGCUGAUAGCCAAGUCCAACACCCCUCCGAUGUACUUACAAGCAGACAUAGAGGCCUUCGACAUCCGAGAGCUGACCCCCAAGUUCGACGUGAUCCUGCUGGAGCCCCCGCUGGAGGAGUACUACAGGGAGACAGGCAUCGCCACGGGCGGGAAGCGCUGGACCUGGGACGACAUCAUGAAGCUGGAGAUAGACGAGAUUGCAGCCCCUCGGUCGUUCAUUUUCCUCUGGUGCGGCUCCGGGGAGGGGCUGGACCUCGGGCGCGUGUGUUUACGCAAGUGGGGUUACAGGAGGUGCGAAGACAUCUGUUGGAUUAAAACCAACAAGAACAGUCCCGGGAAAACGAAGACUUUGGACCCGAAGGCCGUCUUCCAGAGAACGAAGGAGCACUGCCUGAUGGGCAUCAAGGGCACGGUGAAGCGCAGCACGGACGGGGACUUCAUCCACGCCAACGUGGACAUCGACCUGAUCAUCACGGAGGAGCCGGAGAUCGGCAACAUCGAGAAGCCCGUGGAGAUCUUCCACAUCAUCGAGCACUUCUGCCUGGGGAGGCGGCGCCUCCAUCUGUUCGGAAGAGACAGCACCAUCCGGCCAGGCUGGCUCACGGUGGGGCCGACGCUGACCAACAGCAACUACAACGCGGAGACGUACGCGUCCUACUUCAGCGCCCCCAACUCCUACCUGACGGGGUGCACAGAGGAGAUCGAGAGGCUGCGCCCCAAGUCGCCUCCUCCCAAGUCCAAAUCCGACCGGGGCGGCGGCGCCCCCAGGGGCGGGGGCAGAGGGGGGACUUCUGCCGGCCGGGGCCGUGAGCGGAACCGAUCCAACUUCCGAGGGGAGAGGGGCGGCUUCCGGGGUGGGCGAGGAGGUGCCCACCGGGGCGGCUUCCCACCCCGGUGACCUUGAUGCCUGAGUCUGGGAGGCCACGUGCCGCCUCCUGGGUGCAGCCAGACCCCCCCUCCAGGGGGCCUCGUUGGGCCCCAGCUCGCCCUUGGCCUUCGCCGCCCUCCCCAGGGUUGCCCCACUCUGCCCAGUCCCACCCGGGGUGAACGCCCGUCCGGCCUCUUGUCCUGUGCGUGGAACCAGAUGGGACGGAGUGACACAGACGCCUCCAUGUUCCCACACCGAGCCCGUCCUCAGAGACCAGGCCGCUGCUUGUUGGAGCAGUUGAGGCGAGCAGGGAGGGACCCAGUCCGGAGCCGCCGUGGGGCUCCCGGGGGAGCUGCUGGCGGGGUUCUGAUGUUUUCUACUACCGUGACUAAAAAGGUACUUUUUAAAAAUCCUAGUCUGCGAUUCAGUUACAUAACCCUAGAAACUGAUCGUCAGCUCCCAGAUCUGCGCACAGCGGGUGGCCAAAGAGGGAGAGCCGGGUAAGCGGACUUGGGAGAGACUCACCGUGACCCUGGCUGCGUAGCUGCAGUGACCCUGCCCGGGGGGACCCUGAGAGGCCGGCGGGACACGGGUGCGAGUGCCCCUGCUCAGGGGGACGUGGACUGACCCCCAGGCAGUGCCCUCGGCACAGCGAGGGGAGCGGGGGCAGCACGGGGCCCCUGGCCCUCCGGUGCCGGGUUCCAGCGUCCAAAGGGCGUCCUCAGCAGCGAGGAGGUGGCACAACCUACGACGUCUCUGGAGAAAGCUGAGCAUGGAACUGGCGACCUGGGCAGGACCCUGGACUUGGAAGAUGCUGUGCUCGCGCUGGGGGCAGGCCCCAGGUCCCGUCUGGAGCUCGGGCGGUGGGCGAGUUUCAGGGCCGGAGCAGCACCACCGUUCCUGACAAGCACUUUCCACUCGGGGUGUGGCUUUCCUGAUGGAACCGGGACCUCUGAGCCCUGCUAGUUGGUUCCGUGUGGUUGGAUUCACCAUGGUCUGCAGGUGAGGGCGGGCAGAGACUGGGCCGUCCCCCAGUCUAUGGCGCGUGUCAGUGACAGCCGGUCAUCCCCAGCGUCGCCCAGUGUGAGGACAAGGACUGAGGCGCAGGGAGUGGCUGAGGCCUCCAAGCCCACAGUGGGGGGGGUGACCAGCUGGGCCCACAGCCCUACAUGGCAUGGGCAGCCUUUGACGCAUUUCUGGGUGAAGUCGUGACACGUCACGGUCAGGGGGAGGUUUUCCUGAAACCACAGGUUCAGCUUCAGUGAGGACAAGUGACCUGGACAGACAGUUGUCAGAGUCGAUCUGGGAAGGAGGAGCGCGGAGAGAUGUCCUGUUGCCCAGCGGGGUCCUUAGCAAUACCAGCAAGGAGGGGCCGCCCCACGGGCAGGACAGUGCAGGUGGCCCGUGCCACGCACCCAGCCGAGCCAGGCGGCUCUGCCUUGUGCACCUGCCGCGUCACUCGGGGUGUGGACGCAGAGUGUGGACGCGGGGUGAGGAGCGGCCUCUCUGGGUUGGAGGGUCAGGAGUCAGGCCCCCACGUGGAGAGCAGGUGAGCGGUGGCUGGAAAGAAGGCAGAGCCUGGAACUGUCCCCAGGACGGCCUGAUGUGCCAUCUCGUUUUCCCUGUAAAGAUUCUUUACUUUUAGACAGAGGGGAAGGAGAGAGGGAGGGAGAGAAACAUCAGUGUGUGGCUGUCCCUCACAUGCUCCCUGCUGGGGUCCUGGCCCGCAGCCCAGGCCUGUGCCCUGACGGGGAAUCGAACCAGUGACCUUUCGGUUUGCAAGCUAGUGCUCAAUCCACUGAGCCGCACCAGCGGGGCCCAGUGUCACUUUGACAAGGAGCCUUUACACCCGAGGGCAGGUUUGCAGUGAGCAGGGACUCGCUCCUCCGACCUCUGGAUGGUUAACUGGCAUUACAUUUGUGUGCGUGUUCACGGAGCUGUCUGGGGGUCUCCACAAGGGGUUUCAGUUGCUUCACUUACUGACUCCAUGUUGGGGACAGACACCAGGAAUUCUGGAGUGACCCCACGUGUGUCCUACGUUCCAAAAGCUCCAGGGCAAGCACCCCAACAUCUCACACAAUCACCGAUCUGGCAGUUCUAGGGCAGACGCCUGACCGGCCCCAGUGCCCCCAGACGGCGGGCUGUGGAGGCCCCCAGCCUCAGUCCCUUGACUUGCUGUCACUGCAAACACUGAGGGGGGUGGAGCCGGGGGGGCUCCCAGACCGAAACUCCACUGACCGGUUGGGUCCGUGGAGACGCAGUCAGGGUGCAGAAUGGCCCCGCCGAUGGCACCCAGGGUGAGGGGACAGAACGUGGUUUGGGCGUGGGGUCAGGGUGGCAGCGGCUGUGUGCCCCUUUGGCCUGGACCAGCUCGGUGGCAGCGGACUGCUCUGAGCCUCCAUCAGGUGUGGAGUUCGAGCCAUGGAAGCUUCGACUGCCCUCUGCUCUUCCUCCGCGGUGCCCGUGGGGCCACCCACCACCAGUUGUCAGUGGGCCGAGGAAGGAGCUGGGUGAGCGCCGUGACCACCCAGCCUUGUCUCACAGCCGCGGCGGUGGGGGGGUGUGUCCUCUCGUGCGCCCUGAUUGUUAAGUUAGGGCUUUCCGGUCGGUCACAGCGGCUUCCUCUAAAACCCACCGUGUGCCCAUCCUGCACCUGAAACUCCGAGGUUUUUGACAGACGGAGGGGCAGAUGCAGCCCCAGACCUUAGUGGUUUGUGCCCUGUGGUCGUUUCUGACCUGACAGUGCGGUGGCCCCGCUGGGACUCGCCAGGGCCCCUUGAUGGAGCUUGUCAUGCUCGUGAGCCCUGAGAACCACCUGUGCUCACAAGCAAGACCUCCCUUUCGAAUGGCCCUGCCUCAGGGGCCCAGGGGGCACUCCGCCCAGCCUGUCUUUGAUGUUCGCUGGCAGGGACUAAGCUUGAGCUUGGCCAACCAGUGCACGGGACGGGCUUUGGCACCAUGCAUCUGGGAGUUCCUGGAUGAGCCACUGAGCUCUGGCGGAGCGCCCGUCACGUUCCCCACUGCCGGCUUCAGGCCCACAGGGUGAACUGCGACCCUGAGCCCCGGCAGCCCCUCCCGGGGCUCUGCCCUGCACUGGACAGGACCCUAACACGGGCGGGUGCUCUGCCUCCGACCAGAGUGGUGCCAGCGAACAUGAGGUCACACUACGUGGGUUUCUCCAAGCACACUCCUAAAUGACAGAGAUGCACAGUGGGGCACACCCGCAGGAGCUAAGGGCGCAGGGCCCGCCAUGGAGCCAGCGGGAGCCGGCUGCGCGGCGGCCUGGCGUCUUGGAGACUCCUUUCGUUUGCGCAUGGAAGGCGGGACCAGCGGCUUGCCCACUUACCUCGUCUGCAGGCUGGUCUCCCUGGGACGGGCUUGCUCAGCUCCUCUCUGACCCCGAGCGCCGCCGUCACCAGGUGGGCUUGAGCCCCGGGCCUGCAGACCCGCACCAGGUGGGGCCCGAGAUCUCGCGUCCUGGAGCACGUGGGCUCGUCAGCUCCAGUCUGGUGGCUGGAGGGAAGGGGGUGAGUCUGAUGUUUUGGGGGCAUCUCCCUACAUUUUUUGCCUUUCAGGGAACUAAAAUUAAUUUUUCAUGGCUUAAAGUUAACUUUGCUCAUUAAGUACCACAUGCAUAUUUUCAAUGCUGCCCUAUAAAUACAGUGUAGCCAAAUUCACUAAAAGAAAGGGAGUAGUUUCUCAGGGGGCCAGGACACCAUCACCUCCGAGCGCGAGUUAUGAGUGUUGAGUGGGGACUCUGGAGCCCAGGACGGCAGCCGUGGGCGAGCACCCCCAGGGACGCGCCUGAGCUGCCCACCGGGCGGCAGGGAGGGCACGCAGUGCUGGGUGGCCACACUCUGCUGCCCCUCUGGGUGCUCUUGUCUCUAAAUGGGGGGCUAGGAAGUCAAGGGCACCUCUGGUCAGAGGCCCAGGUUAGCAGUUCACAGUGCUUGCACACUCGACACCAGGCCAUCACUCAGGUGCCUUGUGGCACUUGCCGUCCUCCUAGAGGGGCGCUUCCAAUUCCGGGGUCUGCCGAGGCUCAGACACGCUGCCGCACGGACGCCCGGCCUGUGUGGCUGUCCAGAGGGUGAUUAGUUAGAUCCCUGUCCUGUUCCUCUGAGGCUGUGGGUUCGAUUCCCGGUCAGGGCACAUGCAGCAGGAAGUGAACAACCCAUUUCCCUUCCUCUCUUCCCUACUUCCUCUCCCUGGAAACUUAACUUUUUACAGAAGAUUAGAGCUUACUUUUCUACUGUUCUGUCUUACUGAAGUAAAAUUUCUAAGCAUGAUUAAGAAUAUUGUAUUUAUGAAAAUAAUUUCAAAGCAAAAUUUAAAAAACUCUAAGCUCAGAUAUCAGCUUGUCAGCCAACUCCCUGCAGUUUAAAUCCCACCGCCUCCCACGUGUGGGACAGAGAAACGCUUCCAUCUGACGGAACAUCCAAACAGGGACGGCACCAUCCCUAACAGUGCCCUGUCACUCGGGGAGACUGUGGGGUGAGGUGCGGCCCC